CUGCCCGCAUAGGCAUCAUGGAGAAGCUCGCCACCGAAACGUUGCAACAGAUCUUCGAGCACGCGUGUACUGACGGCGGCUACACCGGGUGCUCUCUUUCCCUCACCUCUACGUCAAUCCGCAAAGUGGCGCGGCCCGUUCGAUUCUUCUCCGUUGCGCUCAUACUCUGGACACACAGUGUCAAUGCAUUCCUCGCGCUUUACAAAAAGGAGUGUUCUGUCGCUAGUGGGACUCGACCGAAGCUCGCACACUUGUGUCUCUCUGACUUCAGAGAAGACUCUUCAAUUGACGACGAUCCCGAGAGUUGGGAAGUCAUAACGCCGGAUCAUUCUGACGUUCUCACCGCUACUAGACAUCUGCUCGCACUCGUCGGAGACGGCUUGAAGUCCCUUGUCAUCGAUCGCGCCUUCGUGUACCCCGGCCACACGCUGGUCGACCGACAGUUCCCCUCCUUGCGGGAACUCACCUGCCUUGGGUAUUGCCACCCAAGCCUGCUCGACGUUCCUCGUGGCGUAUACCCGCUCUUCCCUGCUCUGAAGCGUCUGCACGUAGUCGCCGGAGAGGAACUACGAAACAAGCCCCUCAUCCCGCAAUGGGCCACGCACGCGCCGCACCUCACGCACCUACGCAUCUCUGCCCGCCAUUUGUCUGACAUAUUCCUCGACGAGAUCUCGGAAAUCGUGGAGGCCGCAUCUGACUCCAGACACGACCCCCUGGACACGACCGUCGACGCUUCCUCUGCCGGACGCACGUUCCCGAGGCUUGCUCGGGUGGUGGUGCAGCCGGGUCCCAGGCCGGUGAAGGGCGCGUGCAGGACGAGCAGGUCGGAGUUCUCCUCGAUGCUUUCGGAAUUGCACGAGUUCGCCGACGACGCGACGCAAGCGGGCCUCGAGUUGUUCGCACUGUCUCCUUGCGAAUGGUCGAAGCGCCAAUGGAACGAGGAGAUACGUGCGGAGUGGGUGAAGAUGAUCAGUGGUGAGGAUGGGUGCGACUGGUUCUCCGACGAGGAGUCCGAGGAUGAGUCCGAAGGAUCGAAGACUUGAGUCGAAGAUCUAAGGUGGCUUCGCGCAACAUGAUGAAGAGGUGGCGGUUGCCCUCCGCACUAGGGUAAAGUUUGAAAGUCGGAAUAAUGAACCCGGUGUUUAUUAACAGGUUAUUAACAUGUUAAUUAACGGUUCAAAAGCCCAGGGGUCUAUCAGCCCGGUUAUAUAUUGUUCAAAAGUCCGGUCGGAGGCUGUAGGCGUAAGAUACCGAGUUCAAGGUAGAUGGCGAGGUUAAUCUCCGUGCCUAAGCCUUGCGCAUG